AUGCUUAACAUCCUAAAUAACGAGGAUAUUACUACUCUCGAUAGAUAAAUUGAAUAAUUGAUGGACUAUAAGCCAAUUCCAGAGCAUGAGGUUAAAUAACUAUGCGAUAAGGCAAAGGAGAUCUUAUAGAAGGAGAGCAACGUACAGCCAGUCAGAUGUCCAGUCACUGUUUGCGGUGAUAUUCACGGUCAAUUCCAUGACUUAAUGGAGUUAUUUAGAAUUGGAGGAAGAUCCCCAGACACGAACUAUCUCUUCAUGGGAGACUAUGUUGACAGAGGUUAUUACUCAGUCGAGACUGUAACUCUAUUAGUUUGUCUAAAAGUCAGAUUCAAGGACAGAAUUACCAUAUUGAGAGGUAACCAUGAGUCUAGGCAAAUCACUUAGGUUUAUGGUUUCUAUGAUGAGUGUCUGAGAAAAUACGGUAAUGCUAAUGUCUGGAAAUACUUCACUGACCUUUUCGAUUUACUUCCCUUGACUGCAGUUAUAGAAGGCAAAAUCUUCUGUCUACAUGGUGGCCUAUCUCCAAGUUUGGACAGUCUUGAUUAAAUUAAAGGCCUAGAUAGAGUUCAAGAAGUCCCACACGAGGGUCCUAUGUGUGAUUUACUAUGGUCAGAUCCAGAUGAUAGAUGUGGAUGGGGCAUUUCCCCAAGAGGAGCUGGAUACACCUUUGGUUAGGAUAUAUCAGAGCAAUUCAAUCAUACAAAUGGACUUAAGUUAGUCUCCAGAGCUCAUUAGUUAGUGAUGAACGGAUAUAACUGGAGUCAUGAUAAAAAUGUUGUGACUAUUUUCUCAGCACCCAACUAUUGCUAUAGAUGUGCCAACGAAGCGGGCAUAAUGGAAGUAGAUGAAAAUAUGAAUUAUAACUUCUUGGUUUUCGAUCCUGCACCAAGAAGAGGAGAGCCUCAUGUCACUAGAAGAACGCCCGACUAUUUCCUGUGA